AAUAAAACUCGGGUAUCUAGUUUAUAGGUUAUAAUUCGGUAUGCUCGUAACACAACGUGUAUAAAAGAUCUGCCGUUCUCUACGCUCGAGAGCGAAUGUCACUCGUUUUAUCGGCCCUCAACUUUUCAACGAUCCGGGAAUGACUCCCGAAUGCAACCCUCCCGACCGUCCAGUCAACGGGCGAUAACUCGCCCAUACCUGAAAGCUGACUGCAAUAGAGCUUUUGUUAAUGCCAGAGACAAUACUGGUAUAAGUCUACUUCAUGCUGCAGCUCAGAUAGGAUGUUCACAAAUUGUUGAGCAUCUUUUAAACUAUGGAGCUUAUGUUAAUUGUAUCUGUAUGUCUAGAAAAGGUUAUACACCACUGCACUUUCCUGUUGGAACACGUAAUAAGGAAGUUAUCACGUUGCUUUUAAGUAGAGGUGCUAAUGUUGAUGUUAAAGCGGAAGGUAGUAUAACCCCUCUUCAUAUUGCUGCUGGCAAAGGUAAUGAAGAAGCUGUGAAAUUAUUAUUGAAUAGAGGUGCUGAUAUUAAUGCUAGCACAAAGGGUAAUUUAAUGCCACUUCAUUUUGCUACCAGAAGAGGACAUGGAACAGUUGUAAAUCUGCUCUUACAACAUGGAGCUAGAGUUGAUAAUCAGGAUGGAGAUGCAGAAACCGUACUACACUCUGCUGUUAUAACAGGAUAUUUUAUGAUUGUUGAGGAUGUUUUAAAGUAUUGUCCUGAUAUUAAUAAUCAAAGUAACAGAGCUCUCUCAAAACCGCAGUGUGCGGCUAUGGAGAAGGGUAUAAAAAGAUUACUGAAGCUCUUCUAGAAUAUGGCUUUACUGUUAAACCAGAAGAUAGAAAUAAUCCUCAAUUAUUAGAUGCUGCUGUUAGAAAAGGAUAUUUGAAAAUUAUUGAAGACCUAUUAAAGUAUGGUCCUGAUGUUAAUACAUUAAUAUUAUUCAUCAUACUUUACAAAAGGUUGUACAGCUUUACAUAGUGCAGGCGAAAAGAAACAGGAAGAAGUAGCUAAACUGUUGAUAAGCUAUGGAGUUAACAUAAAUGCUCAAGAUAAAGCUGGAAAAACUCCAAUAUUUUAU